AUACAAAUACAGAGCUCCCACACCGACACUCAUGGGCUCCCUCAUGGUCAGAGCUGAGAACAGCGCUUCUCCUCGAGAGACGGGGGGACCUUUCUUCAAAAGACAACGGAUGAUUCCCACCUAGGGAUAACCAAAGACGAGGAGCAACUUUUCUCAGUGUGAUGCAGAAGCCUUUCGGUCCAGAGGUCAAGUUCAUGCUGAAUCCUGACACAGCCCAUCCUGCCCCCGCUGCACCCAGCACCGAGGCCAGAGGACAAUGGUCCAGCAAAGUCGAGUUCCUCUUGGCUGUUGCAGGACAAAUCAUAGGCCUUGGAAAUGUGUGGAGGUUCCCUUACCUGUGCUACAAAAACGGAGGAGGGGUGUUCUUCAUUCCUUAUAUCCUCUUCCUCUUUACCUGCGGCAUACCCUUGUUUCUCCUGGAGACGUCACUCGGCCAGUUCACCCAACAGGGGAGUAUUACCUGCUGGAGGAAAAUUUGUCCCCUUUUUGAAGGGAUGGGUUAUGGCAAUAUAGUGGUUGUUUUAUACUCCAGCAUCUACUACAUCAUAAUACUGGCCUGGGCUUUCCUGUAUCUCUUCUCCUCUUUCAACUCCGAACUUCCUUGGGCGAGUUGCAGAAACAACUGGAACACAGACACCUGUGUGGAGUUUGAUCGCAGAGCUGAUUAUUUGAACUGGACUGCUGCUGAAAAUGCAACGUCACCAGUGAGAGAGUUUUGGGAGAGAAGAGUUCUUAAUCUCACGGGAAGCGUUCAUGAGUUGGGCAGCGUUCGAUGGGAGCUGGCUCUGUGUCUUCUGCUGUCCUGGAUCAUCUGUUACUUUUGUGUCUGGAAAGGCGUGAAGUCCACUGGGAAGGUAGUUUACUUCACUGCCACAUUUCCAUACCUGAUGUUGGUGGUGCUGCUGGUUCGGGGAGUCACGUUGCCCGGGGCCAUAAAUGGGAUUAAGUUCUACCUCUACCCAGAUCCAUCCCGCCUGUCUGAUCCACAGGUGUGGAUGGACGCUGGCACACAAAUAUUCUAUUCCUAUGCUAUUUGUAUUGGGUGUCUUACUGCACUUGGCAGUUAUAACAAGUAUAACAACAACUGUUACAAGGACUGUGUGUACUUGUGCCUUCUGAACAGUGGAACCAGUUUUGUUGCAGGCUUUGCCAUCUUCUCUGCACUUGGCUUUAUGGCGUAUGAGCAGAACACAGACAUAUCGAAAGUGGCAGAGUCCGGUCCCGGCUUGGCGUUUAUUGCCUAUCCUCGAGCGGUCGCCAUGAUGCCUUUUCCGCAGGUCUGGGCAGUAUUCUUCUUUGUUAUGAUCAUCCUGCUGGGACUGGACAGUGAGUUUGUAGGUCUGGAAGCCCUCGUAACAUCCAUUUCUGACACAAAUCCUUCCUUCUUCCAUGUUGGCCAUCGACGUAAACUUCUUCUACUUGGUGUUGCUGUUGUCAGCUUCUUCAUUGGACUUGUGAUGGUUACAGAUGGCGGACUGUACAUCUUCCAGGUGUUUGACUACUAUGCCUGCAGUGGGAUGACUCUCCUUCUCUUUGCCAUACUGCAGUCUGUUUGUGUUGGAUGGAUCUACGGUGCAGACCGGUUUUAUGAUAACAUAGAAGACAUGAUUGGAUACAAGCCGCUACCUCUGAUUAAGUAUUGUAUAAAAUACGUCACUCCAGUAAUAUGCAUGGGGACAUUUGUUUUCUCCUUGGUCAAAUUCACUCCUCUGAAGUUCAACAACACAGUGGAGUACCCGUGGUGGGGUUACGCUCUCGGCUGGUGGUUCACUCUCUCCUCUACACUCAUGGUUCCUCUAGUUAUGUUAUACAAAGUGAGCACCACUCCCGGUACACUGCGACAGAGGAUCUCCAUCUUAUGCACUCCACAUGAAGACCUUUCUUUGGACAAAUCAGACAAGAAAGGAUUGGUUUUGCUUGACAUGACCUCAUCUCCUGACCACAUGGUGUCGUAGUGAAGACAACCAACCUUUGUGGGCACGAGGGAAAGCCUGCCCUCAAUCCAGUCCUCUUACUCAAGAAAAGGUUUUCAAUCUUUUUUGGCAUCUUAAAAAAAGCCAAGUCUAUUCAUUGCUGUCGUCCACAAUCUUCAUUCCUAAAAUAAAUGCAGCUGUCACAUUUAUCACAAAUCAUAUCAUACAUCACAAUCAAGAAAAAUAAUUUACAUUUAAUGUUUGUACAAUUCAUAACAAACUGUGAAUCCUUACAUUGGUUACAGAUAAGUAAUCUUUUGAUCAAGUGAUUCAUCUUAGUUUUUUCAGCUGUGAAACUAACACUAACCUUUAUGUUUUUUAAAGAAAAGGUUUUGCAAAUGUUUUGUUUAACCAGGUUGGGUCAUCUGGAGUAAAGUCAAGCUGAUAAGAACACGUAGGUCAAUAUAAUUAAAACAGGGGCGUGAGAGAGUAAAGGUUCCCCAGCAACAAGGGCGGGAUUCAAACCUUGGACACUGCCUGCACCUGAGCCAUGUGAGCCGCCCAACUGUGCCGAGUGUUUUUUUUACCUGUGCCAAGUACUGCUAAAAAACACAACCUAAACUGGGCGCUCUGCCCCCAUGGAUAUAGGAAACAGUUCGGCAUACAAGGUGGUGGUGGUGGUGGUGGUGGUGGGUGUUAAAAGCAAACGUUGUGGAGUUGGAUUUUGGUGAUCGAAGUGAUGUGAGUGAGACACACGGAGCAACAAAUCACAAAGGGUAUAUUUCCAGCAGAGUUAUAUUUUUUACUGUAGUCUCCACUCUAAGCUUUAUUCUAGUUUUUAUACAAAACGUGAAGGUUGAUAUUCAUGUAAUUUUGUAUUGGUUAUUGUGGCAUUAGUCCUUAUUGUAGCACAUAAAUGCUGUAGUAUGACAUUUUGAUAAUAAUUACACAAAUAUAUGAAUGUUUAUAUGAUUGAAAGAAUGCUAGAACUGGUGUACAACACGUUAAACUUCAUGGUUUGAAUCUUAUUAAUCAAUGUGGCAUUUUUAGAUAUUCACAAAUGACGCCACCUGGUAUUCAUUUGAUAAAGUAUUAUGUCUAACAUAUUUUGGUAAUAAAUGUUCCUGAUUCCUGAUUGACAGGCCUCCGUAAGGUGGAGGCUCAUCAGUAUUGAACAUUUCUUUAACUUGAUUUUAUUAUUCCGGCUAACAGACUGACACCUUGUACGGUGAAAAAUAGUCCGAUAAUACAUCAGAUUUAAUCUAAUAAAGAUUUUGGUUUGUCAUUUAGAAACAGACUGUAAUGAUUAGUUACCAACAAUGUGUCAAUAAAGCAGUUCAUAUUAAUUGAAAUACUGUUUUAUGAGUAGACUAUAAAAAAUGGAUGGAAAUUUGGAUUUCAAUAAAGGAAUCAUAAUGCAUAAACUAUUGUGUCUUGUACCGUCAUAAACUAAUGGACAUUUGAAUAUCUACAAUUAUAUGACUAUCGAGCAAACUCCAUCACCUUGAAUGCUCAAGACCUUAUGCCAGAAUGUUUUUCAAACUGCUGUUUCCAAAGAAGAACUAAAGUCAAGAAUGGUCUCAUG